CACUCAAACAGUUGUGACUACUGAGCUCGUACUUGAGUUUGACGAAAGUAUUUACAAAUACCGGUGCAAUUUUGUUAAUUUUAUAUAUUUUAAUAUAUUAUAUUCGUUGAACCACUUAGUUUUUAUCUAGCUGUUGAUCCUAUCAUAUUCAACGUUGAAAUCAUGGUACGCCUAGCAAUUAGUAUUUUUAUCUUUGCGAUCUUCCACGGCUGCUUUGCGUCGAUUAGUAAAAGUGAAUUUUACGAAUCCCUUACUGCUAAUGGUUACGCUGCACCAAGCGAUGCUACUAUUUAUACUUAUUUUAAACAAGCAACAAAAAGUUACUCUCGAGAGGAAAUAGCCAUGCUGCUGGCUCAGCUAAUCCAUGAAAGCGGCGGCUUCCAGUUCAGAGAAGAAUUAGCCUGCGCAAAGACCAACUGCCCCGGCCAGUACGUCGACAGCGUUGGCUUACCGGGCAAAUACUACUACGGCCGUGGUUUCAUGCAACUGACCUGGGGAGCCAACUACAAAGCGUGUUCUAACGAUCUGGGUUACGGCGAUCGAUUCCUCCAGAAUCCCGACGAGGUUGCCAGCAGUACCAAAUACUGCGUACAAGUAAGCACCUGGUAUUGGGAGACUCGAGUUAGGCCUGUACUUGGAAAGUCCAACAAGUUCGGUCUCACCACUAAAGCUAUCAAUGGAGCCAUUGAAUGUUCUGGUGGCUGGAACGAAAGGGCUGCCAAUCGUUACAAGGUCUACCUCAAAAUAGCCGAAGUGAUGAAAAUCAAAGACAAAGCUGUUGAAAAUGGAUGCUACAAUUAAAUUAAUAUAUUUAGCAACAAACAUAGCGCCACAUACAAUUUUUCGCUAAAUAUAAUUAUGUUCGAAAGGAUCUUUGGGUGUACGAAUUCGUUUCACGCAUUGCAAAUUAGUUUGUGAAUCGGAUUAUGAAUUUGAUAUUAAUCAACUUCAUGUAAGUAAUUUCAAUAAAGCAGAAUUUAGUGCAGUUA